AUGGCAUUUAGAAGUACAACCAACGAAACAAAAGACAAGGACUGGCCUGAUCUGCAGCUUAUCUUUAAUAUCUACAAGCCCUCUACAAUGGCUGAAUUAGCUGACAGGAGCAGGGGCGACUAUGGCUUUAGCUGUUUUCCUAUACUGCUGAGACCAGAAAGCCGAGGGAACAUCACUUUAACAUCCCGCGAUCCUUUUGACUACCCCAUCAUCCAAGCUAAUUACCUGGACAAGCAGGAGGAUAUAGAAACCUUAAUAAGAGGUAUCCAGGAAUGUCAAAAGAUUGCAAACUCUAAACCAUUGCAAGACAUCGGCUCUGAGUUCACAGAGAACGGAACUGAAUCAGCUUGCAGGAAACACACAUACAACAGUCACGAGUACUGGGAAUGCAUGAUCAAACACAGGCCAGUUUCUGUCUACCACCCAGUUGGAACGUGUAAAAUGGGCCCUAGUGGAGACCCAACAGCCGUGGUGGACUCAGAUUUGAGGGUACACGGAAUAACCGGACUUCGUGUGGCCGACGCUUCCAUUAUGCCAUGGCUGGUCUCUGCUAACACAAACGCCCCAACAAUUAUGAUUGGCGAAAUGGCUGCUGACUUGAUUAAAGGUGGCUAG